UAGACCCUCCCACCACAGCCCUACGCCAAUGGGGAGCGGCGCCCCGCGCGCGGGACGGUGGGAACAGCGCCGAAUCAGUGUGUACGUCGGUUGCCGUAACAACGGCCCGCGGAGUCCAUCGGCAAUGGCCUCUAACUUUAAGAAGGCAAGCAUGGCAUCAUCUGCCCAGCGAAAAAGGAUGAGUCCUAAGCCAGAGCUCACUGAAGAGCAGAAGCAGGAAAUCCGGGAAGCUUUUGACCUCUUUGAUGCCGAUGGGACUGGGACCAUCGAUGUUAAGGAACUCAAGGUGGCGAUGAGGGCGCUGGGCUUCGAACCCAAGAAAGAAGAGAUCAAGAAAAUGAUAAGUGAAAUUGAUAAAGAAGGGACGGGAAAAAUGAACUUCAGUGACUUUUUGACUGUGAUGACUCAGAAAAUGUCUGAGAAAGAUACCAAAGAAGAAAUUCUGAAAGCUUUCAAGCUCUUCGAUGAUGAUGAAACUGGGAAGAUAUCCUUCAAAAAUCUAAAGCGCGUGGCCAAGGAGUUGGGUGAGAACCUCACUGAUGAGGAGUUGCAGGAAAUGAUCGAUGAGGCUGAUCGAGACGGAGAUGGAGAAGUCAAUGAGCAGGAGUUCCUGCGCAUCAUGAAAAAGACCAGCCUUUACUGAGAUCAGUCUCUCCUUUUCAUAUUGUGUGAAACCUGGGUUUUGAGAACAUAAACUAUUUUCUCCUACUCACCUCCCUGUAUGACUUCAUUAACAAUCUUGGAUCUCUUUUAGGUAUCCGAAAGUGUUCUUUGACAUUUAAGUUCUUUGUAAGGUGAUCUGCUGAUUGCUUCAAUUCCUUAGAGCAGAACAAGAGCACAUUAGGGUGGUGAAAAGGGUCUUAAAGCUUUCACCCACCUGCACUCCUGCCUUUUAAUCAGCUCACUCAAAAGUUCAUGCAUUUCCACACUGAUGCCACCACAGAAUGACUUCUUAGACAAGCACAUGUUGUACCCAUGCCACCAGAAGCAAGGGGCAUCUCCUUGAUGUUUCUAGUUAUAACUGACAGCUGAGUGCAGCUUUCUCUUUUAUAAAAGCCAGUGAACUUACUCAUGUGCAUUCGGAUGUGUGUUUGUGCUAUUUGUUUUGUCUUAAAAAUAAAGCCUUUCUUAUUUUAA